CUCUAAAUCCCGGCAAGCUGCCACGAAUCGAGUCAUCACACUCCAUCUUCCACAUCCAUCUACAGCACCUCAACGAUGCCCUACACCGGCCGUUGUAACUGCACCAGCGUCUCCAUCACCCUGCCGGCACAGCCGGAGAGGAGUGUAGCCUGCCACUGCAUCAACUGCAAGAAAGCUGGAGGAGGCUCUUUCUCAAUCAACUACUUCAUCAAUCAAAGUGACAUGACUAUCGAAGACCCCAGCCAGGCAAUGACGAUCUACAGCGAUCCCAACACUUCUUCGGGGAACAUCGUCCAGCGUCAUUUUUGCUCCAGUUGUGGAAGCCCACUAUUCACGUUGUCGCCAAAAGUCCCGGGUAAAGCGUAUCUGAAAGCAGCGCUGUUUGACAUUGUGUCAAAGCCAGAAUCGGUGUUUUUCGGCGAUAAGCAGGAGGAGUGGGUGAGCAUCAACACGGCAUAGUGUGCUCACUGCUCAAUGCUAGCUUGGGUGGAGCAUUAGCGGAGUUAGGGUCCGGGGUUGAAUGAGGGGAUAAUUAGCGUGAUGGUCAGAGGGAUUUUAUAGAGUUGAUUCUAGUCGAG